CAUGGUGGGGAGAGCGGUAUUGAUCCCCUGAGGAGAAGAUGUCAACAAAUGUCAUAUCCUAUUAAAUAUCCCCUUAUAAUAACAUCCCUGUAAUAAUCCUGUGUUACGGCGAAAUUCAUUUAAGCGAUUGUUUGCGAACCGCCAUGAUAGAAGAAGAAUAAUGUGUUAGUAAUCGCAUUCCCUGCUUGCAUAGCCGUCUGUAGAACCAACCAAGAAAACCUUGAUCACAUGGUGAGGGUUUGGUAGCUACAGUGCUGCCUUCAGGAAGUGCCUAGUCUUCAGAGUGGAUUUCGGUUUGGACUGUUUUUGUUCCUAAACAAAGUGCGAGUCAUUGCGCGGGGGCCGGUAAAGUAGGUUGAAGCGAUUGAUAGAUUUGUUGUAAUUUACGUCACAUUUAUUUGCUUUAUAUAUUCGGUAUAUAUAUAAAAAAAAUGGGUCCUGGAUAAAGAGAAUUUUCGAGAAACACCGGAGUACGGGGUUUCGAUUGCAAGCAGGGAUGAGCAGAGGCCCGCGGCUGUUGCAUUAAGCUUAGCGAGGACUGAAGAAGUAACGUUACGGACUCACCGGCAUUGUGCCCAAAGACCCGGAGACCAUACUCCAAAUUAUACACGUUUUGCCCCUUGAUUCUGUUUUGGGAGAGUUCUAACUUGUUACAUCGCCAAGAUAGCUGGACCGGGCAGAAAGCGGCACACCUCAGAACCAGACCCCAGCAGCAGCGACGCAGGCGACGGGCGUCCCGUGAGCGCUAAGUGCCUGAAGAUGGCCAGCAGCACUGAAUCAGGCCGGCGGAAUGGGGGUCAGCGCAGCGCCGAUGACACCACCAGUAAGAAGAAGCAGAAGGACAGGGCCAACCAAGAGAGCAGGGAGGCCAAGCGAGCAGCAGCAGCAGCAGGGGACAAUGCAGAGCACAAGAAAGAUGUGUUUGUGGACUGGAAGCAGAAUGCGAAUGAGGUGACAGUGAGGCUGCGCUGUGGAGAGGGGGUUCAGAGUGUGGAGGACGUCACCACUACCUUCACUGACACAGACUGUCAGGCCUGCUUCCCAGAUGGGCGCCAGUGGGACUGUCACCUGCAUGAGGAGAUUGAGGGCUCCUGCAGCAAAGUGCAGUACAAAGAGAAGUACGGCUUCCUGCUUUUGGUCAUGCACAAGAAGAUCCCCUUUCACUCCUGGCCCUCCCUUAAGCAAACUAAAAAGGAGAAGGAGCCUGUGAACGUGCAAGCCAAGAACGGCAAAGAGCAGAAACCACCACCUGUGGUAAAGCCAGAGAAAUCUGUCCCUGAGAUGGCAGAUAAGCCCAAACUGUCCACCCAGCCGUCUGCUCCGCCGGCACAGAGCGAACAGAGACGUGGCAAAGUUGAGCGAGGUGUCAAACGCACCAUGAAGAACAAACCAGCAGCAGACAGACCAGAAUCUGGGGUGAAGGCUACAGAAGAUGAGGAGACCAAGCCUCUCAGUAAAGGGGACCUGCUUCAGGAGCCUAGUGCCAAGCGCACCGUCUGUCCCUCCAAGGACCCAACUUCACAGACACCCAGGGAUACACACCCCAAGUCCACAGCCAAUGGGAAACCGCACACCACUACUCCCACUGGCCGGGACCCCCAGACGUAUACAGCUGGUGACAAUCGUGCUGAGAGGCUAGGCAACGUUCAUGAGUGUACAACACCCGAGAUAGCCAUCUGCCACACACAGCAGGAGAUGAAAGUUCAGCUGGAGAAGUCCCCAGAGUCUGAUUUCAAGGCUCGGGCAGGAGAGGAACGCAUACCGUCAGCCACUGUGUCCAGUGCUGUGAGCAGCCACAAGGCUUUAGACUCCACAAACAGAACAGAGAGGCAAGGGGAGGCUGAGGCUGAGAGGACCGAAUCCUCUACUGUAGUGAGAAAGUCCAAGGAUGGGGCUGACCAGGCCACUCUAACACCAACCCAGCAGUCAGGAUCAAGGGAGCCUGUGACUGCAACACCAAGCAAGCAGGCAGAGUUCACCAGCAGUACAGAGGAGGAGAAGAAGGACCAGUCUAAAGAGGAACCUCUGGAGAUUAAGCAGCUGGAAGCAGUUCCAGAGCCAAUGGUGAACCUCAAUUUUGUGAAGAACGACUCGUACGAGAAAGGCACAGACCUAAUGGUGGUCAACGUUUACAUGAAGAGCAUCUGCAGAGAGACGGCCAGGGUGAUCUUCAGAGAACAGGACUUCACCCUACUCUUCCAGACCAGCGAUGCAAAUUUCUUGCGCCUUCAUGCGGACUGUGGAGCGAAUACAGUUUUUAAGUGGCAAGUCAAACUCAGGAACCUCAUCCAGCCUGAGCAGUCUACGUACUCCUUCACCCCGUCCCGGAUAGACAUCACUCUGAAGAAGAGACACAGCCAGCGCUGGGGGGGCCUAGAGGCCCCCGCUACACAAGGUGCAGUGGGGGGCGCCAAGGUUGCUGUGCCCUCCGGGCCGUCAUCUCAGACUAGUCAGCCGGGCAGCAGCCAGCACACCCUCCCUGCCAAGGAGGAGCCCCCCCGGGCAGAAGACGGAGGCCUGGACAAUGUGUCCGCCCGUACCGUCUCAGACCAUGCCCCUAUCAAACAGGAGCCUGCAGUCACGCCCAAGCCCACGUGUAUGGUCCAGCCCAUGACCCACGCGCCUCCUGCUGGCAGCGAGCGCAGUGUUGAGGAGGAGGAGGAGGAGAAGGUGUGUGUGCCAGGCUUCACAGGCCUGGUCAACCUGGGCAACACAUGCUUCAUGAACAGCGUCAUCCAGUCUCUGUCAAACACCCGUGAACUCAGGGACUACUUUCAUGACCGGGCGUUUGAAACUGAGAUCAACUGUAAUAACCCAUUGGGGACGGGUGGUCGGCUGGCCAUCGGGUUCGCUGUGCUGCUGCGGGCUCUGUGGAAGGGUACCCACCAUGCUUUCCAGCCCUCCAAGUUAAAGGCGAUCGUGGCCAGUAAGGCCAGCCAGUUCACAGGCUAUGCCCAGCACGAUGCCCAAGAGUUCAUGGCCUUCCUCCUGGAUGGUCUCCAUGAGGACCUGAACCGCAUCCAGAACAAGCCCUACACAGAGACGGUGGACUCAGACGGACGGCUGGACGAGGUGGGUGAAAUAGAGGUGGUGGCGGAGGAGGCGUGGCAGAGGCACAAGAUGAGGAACGAUUCGUUCAUUGUGGACCUCUUCCAGGGCCAGUACAAGUCCAAGCUUGUCUGCCCUAUGUGCUCCAAGGUUUCCAUAACUUUUGACCCCUUCCUCUACCUGCCCGUGCCCCUGCCCCAGAAGCAGAAGGUCCUCACCGUGUUCUACUUUGCUAAAGAGCCUCAUAAGAAACCCAUCAAGUUCCUGGUGAGUGUGAGUAAAGAGAACUCGAGCACAGCCGAGGUCUUGGAGUCGAUCUCUCGGAGUGUGAGGAUCAAGGCAGAGAACCUGAGACUGGCAGAGGUGGUGAAGAGUCGCUUCCACAGGAUUUUCCUUCCCUCCCACUCCCUGGACACGGUCUCCUCCUCAGACAUGCUCUUCUGCUUUGAGGUGCUAUCUAAAGAGCUGGCCAAGGAGAGGGUGGUGGUGCUCAGAGUCCAGCAGAGGCCUCAGGUCCCCAGUAUCCCCAUCUCGAAGUGUGCUGCCUGCCUGAAGCCUCCCCUCUCAGAGGAGGAGAAGCUGAAACGCUGCACCCGCUGCUACCGCGUGGGCUACUGCAAUCAGGCUUGCCAGAAAAAUCACUGGUCCAACCACAAGAGUCUGUGUCACCCCAACAUGGAGAACGUGGGGCUUCCUUUCCUGGUCAGCGUCCCUGAGUCCAGACUCACCUACGCCCGUCUGUCCCAGCUGCUGGAAGGAUACUCAAGGUAUUCAGUGAACGUGUUCCAGCCUCCCUUCCAGUCUGGCAGAACGUCCCCAGAGGGCACCCAGUGCCGUGUUGACCUCCCCCCUCCAGCAGAGACCCAUGAUGGUGUGGGGCCAGGGGAUGAAGCUAGGGGCGGUGGGGUGGGGGACUCUGAUCAGGAGAGCCCCUUUCUGGUCCCUGAGUCUCCAUUAGAAACAGCCCAGGCUUCAGCACACCCAGCCGGAGAUCCAGACGCCCUCUCCACCCGCACCAUAGACUCUGGCUUCUCUGAGCCCUCCUCCUGCUCCCAGGACCCCGAGGGAGAGAAGGAGACCUCCUGUGAGAAGGCUGUCAGGCCAGAAGGUAAAGCUGCAGUGACAGGCUACCAGCAACCAUCAGAAUCUGCAUCCAGCCACGCUUCUCAGUUCUACAUCUCCAUCCUCGACUCCAACAGCAAGGAGCAGAAACUGGAGGAAAGGGUGUUUGUCAUGUCUGUCCCUCCUCCAGAAGAGGCUGUUCUGGACCUCCCUGACGAAUCCACCCUGGCACUAGUGUGGAAGAACAACGAGCGUCUCAAGGAGUAUGUGCUGGUCCGGUCCAAGGAGCUGGACUUUAAGGAGGACCCUGGGUCGGUCAGUGAGACGGCCAGGGCUGGACACUUCACCCUGGAGCAGUGCCUUAACCUCUUCACUAGGCCUGAAGUGCUGGCACCAGAGGAGGCAUGGUACUGUCCAAAGUGCCAGCAGCACAGGGAAGCCUCCAAGCAGCUGCUGCUGUGGCGUCUGCCCAACGUCCUCAUCAUCCAGCUCAAGCGCUUCUCCUUCCGCAGCUUCAUCUGGAGGGACAAGAUCAACGACAUGGUCGACUUCCCUGUCAGGAACCUGGACCUCAGUAAGUUCUGUAUUGGUCAGAAGGAUGACAUGCAGCAGCCGCCAAUCUAUGACCUCUAUGCUGUCAUUAAUCACUACGGGGGUAUGAUCGGAGGUCACUACACAGCCUACGCACGCCUGCCCAGUGCCCAGAACAGCCAGCGCAGUGAUGUCGGCUGGCGUCUGUUUGAUGACAGCACAGUGACGACAGUUGAGGAGAACCAGGUGGUGACACGCUACGCCUACGUGCUGUUCUACCGCCGCCGCAACUCCCCCGUGGAACGACCACCUCGCUUCCUAGGGCCCCUCGGGGUCGAGUCCCCCACCGCUGCAGGAGCCACCGCCAGCCAGGCCUCUCUAAUAUGGCAGGAACUGGAGGAGGAAGAAGAGGGUCUUGAAGAGGGCCCCCGGGGCCUGUUCCGCACCAGCCUGGGGAGAAGAGCAGCCAGGAGGAGGGAGGAGGAGGGGGUGGAGGGGCAGGCCUCUAGCCAGGCCCUCUUUGGGACAGACCUGGACCCUGAAGGACCCCCUCCGCUGAUCCCAGAAGUGACCUCUGAGCUGUUUGCACACUCUGGAGAAUGUGCUACUCCGUCCUACAGCAACAUGGAGGAGGUGGACUAGGGCAUAGCUGAGGCGCCACCGACACGGCGUAAAGUUCCAGUUGUGGAAAUAUUCUCCUCAGUAAAAGACACUUCAGUGCUUACUAAUUAACUCGGCAUCUUUAGGGUGUCCCUCACUGGUGCAAUGCUAGAAAUUAAAGAACUGGUUCUGUGGCCGAAAGACCAGCACAUGUACCCGUCACCACAGAUGCGGUGGACAGACCCACAGACUCACACAUUUUCCACGUUCAUCUGUAUUUACACAACAACCGAUCCAGACCAACUCAUACUGUAUAUGUAGUAAUAUCCAUGCAAUGUAUUUCCUUACACAUACUAAGCGCACACACGCAUACAAAUGGCAUGUUUGCACAUACAACAAAAGCCUCCACCCCCCUGUUGUCCUAGAGCCUCUGGGUUGCAGCCCAUUGUUGGCUGAUAGAAUGCACCUUUGUUUGGGUAUCCCCUAAAAUGCCACUUUAAAUGACACCUAUUUAUCCCAUGAUCAUGCUUUGGCUCAGAGGUCACAAAGGGAAGUCGCCAACACCAAACUAAUUUCCCCCCCAGAACAACAACCUGUUGUGAAUGAGGGGAAACCGUGAGGUGGGAGGAUGGGAGAUGUGUGUGUAAGCAUUUGUUUUUAUUUGAUACUUCUCAUUGAGGUAUUGCCUGGUCUGAUGUGUUUUGUAAUUUCUGUUGGAUUCUGUAAACUGGGUUGAAAUUGUAGCAAUUGAUGUAAAAGUGUGACGGUGCAGAAAUUUAAGGUAGACUCAGCGGUGUGACAGAUGCAGAGAGUAAAUGGCAUAGUGGGUCUAAUUCUGAAACUGAGUGUGGCCGCACUAGGCUAAGUUUCUCUGCUGUUUUGGGGCCUUGGCUACCACACUGUGAACAGCCUGAAGCGAACCCGUGCAGAUACAGUGUGACCGUGUGAGAGCAAAGUGUUGCAUGGUGGGGUCCCUAAUAAAUACUAAAGUGUUGCAUCUCGCUCAUCUCUCUGGUGCUGCUUAUGGCCACGUCAUUUCACAGAGUCUACCAUUUUAAGUUUUUAACAAGUUACUGUCUUUCUGUUUACUACUUUCAUACUCACCUGGAUUUAGUUGCUUUCCUUUAGAUUUAUUUUAUUUUUACUUGGUAAAUUAUCCAAUCCUGUGGAUGCAAUUUUUGGCAAGAUACCGGCUUGAUAUACACUGAAAUGUGCAUGUUGAUACACAGUAGCACUAGAAUAGAAUGCGGUUACCUCUCCUGCUACAUAUCUUUAUUUCUGUUUGAGUGGACUGUCUUGUACACCCCUCUCCUCCCUUCCUUUGUAAUGGACUGCAUAUAUAAAGUCGGGAUUAAUGAGAAUGCUGCUGUGAAUAUAAUAAAUGGUUUAAUAUAAAUAAAACCCUUUUUUGAGAAGCGCUAAAA